GGCAGAGAGCCCUUCCCCAAAGCCUGCUGGACUAGCAGGUUCAGGCUAGUCUAGGGCGGGGACUUGGGAGGAGUGUCUAGAAGUUGAGAGGGGAGGACACAGAUCCAUCUUUUAAAGCCUUGGGACUGGCCCUGAGGCGACGACGGUGGCCCUGGGCGGUCUUCGAAUUGAGCUUUGCUUGGAUCGCCUCCGAAGAGGCCAGAGGGCGCCAUGGGCCGCUACCGCGUCCGUGUGGUCACUGGGGCCUGGCUCUUCUCGGGAUCCCUCAACCGAGUGGGGCUGUGGCUGGUUGGGGCGCAUCGGGAGGCGAAACUGGAGCUGCAGCUGAGGCCCGCGAGGGGCAAGGAGGAGGAGUUUGACUUCGAUGUUGCCGAGGACUUGGGGCCACUGCAGUUUGUGAAACUCCACAAACAGCACUCAGUGGUGGACGACGCCUGGUUCUGCGACAUCAUCGCGAUUCAGGCGCCCGGAACAAGCGCCGAGGCAGUGUUCCCCUGCUACCGCUGGGUGCAGGGAGAGGGAGUACUAAGCCUGCCCGAGGGGACAGCCCGCCUGGCAGGAGACAAUGCCUUGGAUGUCUUCCAGCAGCAUCGAGAGAAGGAACUGAAGGAGAGGCAGCAGAUCUACCGCUGGGCCACCUGGAAGGAAGGCUUACCUCAGACAAUAGCGGCAGACUGUAAGGAUGACCUGCCUCUCAAUAUGAGAUUCCACGAGGAGAAGAGGCUGGACUUUGAAUGGACGCUGAAGGCGGGGGUUCUGGAAAUGGGUCUCAAACGUGUUUACACCCUCCUGAGAAGCUGGAACCGUCUGGAAGACUUUGAUCAGAUCUUCUGGGGCCAGAAGAGUGCCUUGGCUGAGAAGGUUCACCGGUGCUGGCAGGAUGAUGAGCUUUUUGGCUACCAGUUCCUCAAUGGUGCCAACCCCAUGCUGUUGAGACGCUCCACCUCUCUGCCCUCCAGGCUGGUACUGCCCUCUGGGACAGAGGAGCUCCAAGCCCAGUUGGAGAAAGAACUCCAGAAUGGUUCCCUGUUUGAAGUUGACUUUAUUCUGCUGGAUGGGAUUCCAGCCAACGUGAUCGGAGGAGAGCAGCAGUACCUGGCCGCCCCUCUUGUCCUGCUGAGGAUGGACCCCCGUGGGAAGCUGCUACCCAUGGCUAUCCAGAUUCAGCCUCCCAGUUCCAGCUCCCCAGCUCCAACAUUGUUCCUGCCCUCAGAUCCUCCUCUUGCCUGGCUCUUGGCUAAGAUCUGGGUCCGAAGUUCAGAUUUCCAGCUGCAGGAGCUCCAGUUCCAUUUGCUGAACACUCAUCUGGUGGCUGAGGUCAUCGCUGUUGCCACCAUGAGGUGCCUCCCAGGACUGCACCCUAUCUUCAAGCUCCUAGUUCCCCACAUCCGUUACACUAUGGAAAUCAACACACGAAGCCGGACCCAGCUCAUCUCAGAUGGCGGAAUAUUUGAUCAGGUAGUGAGCACAGGAGGAGGGGGCCAUGUUCAGUUGCUCAAUCGGGCAAUGGCUCAGCUGACUUACUGCUCCCUCUGUCCUCCUGACGACCUGGCUGACCGAGGCCUGCUGAGACUCCCGAGUGCUCUCUAUGCUCAGGAUGCUUUGCAGCUCUGGGAAGUCACUGCCAGGUACGUGGAAGGGAUGGUCCACCUCUUCUACCAGAGUGACGACAUUGUGAGGGGAGACCCAGAGCUGCAGGCCUGGUGUCGGGAGAUCACUGAGGUGGGACUGUGCCAUGCCCAGGACAGAGGUUUCCCUGUCUCCUUCCAGACCCGGGCUCAGCUGGGACAUUUCCUUACCAUGUGUAUCUUCACGUGCACUGCCCAGCAUGCUGCCAUCAAUCAGGGCCAGCUGGACUGGUUCGGUUGGGUACCUAAUGCUCCAUGCACAAUGAGGAUGCCCCCACCCACCAACAAGGAAGGCGUUACUAUGGAGACGGUGAUGGGCUCACUACCCGACGUUCACAAGUCCUGUCUUCAAAUGACCAUCACAUGGCAUCUGGGUCGCCUCCAGCCAGACAUGGUACCCCUAGGACAACACAAAGAAAAAUAUUUCUCAGAUCCCAGGACCAAAACUGUGCUCAGCCGAUUUCAAGCAGAUUUGGGGAAUUUGGAAAGAGAGAUUAUAGCCCGGAAUGAGCAACUGGACCUGCCCUAUGAAUACCUCAAGCCCAGCCGCAUAGAGAACAGUAUCACUAUCUGAGCCGGAAGUGGCAGCACCCAGAAGAAUCCCAUCAGCGCUAGGGCUGCCGCUGCUCUCUUGGUUCCGGGCCUUCUCACAUCUGCUGCUAAGACUCUAAUUCCUCUCCCGACUAAGCACGCUCCACAUCAGGAUUCUACCACGGGGCACUAAAUGUUCUGCUGUAAAGAGGAACAGUCUUUGUAGGCCAUAUACUUUCUGCCACAAUUACUUAACUCUCUCUGUACCACUAAAGCAGCCACCGAACAUUAAGAGUGUGACUAUGUUCCAAUAAAACUUUAUGUAUGGACACUGAGAUGUGAACUUCACAUGUCACCACA